CAACCUAUCUGCACAAUAAUACUCUUCAUUCUGAUUAGAAGGAGGAGGGGUCGUAAAGUUGCCAAACAAAUCUCGCACUAGGACGUCGUUCGGCGUAAUCUGGCGGAAUUGCAUAUUUCUGUUGUAAAACAACGGGUCCGCGAGAGAUAAGACAAAUACACAAAUCGACACCUCCCGCGGAUCAGAUGGUUGUGCCAAGUUGGUCUUGGCAGCGAGUUCUAUUAUCACUUUGACUUUGCCAGUGACCGGUUCGGUUGUGGGCAUAUUGGGUCGCUGGAAUUUUUCUGGAAAUCUUGGUGGAAUUUUUCGCAAUAGUUGGUUGAUAGUUCUAUCUAUUUUUUGAUUUGUAGCCAUGUCUGGAAAGGAUAAUCUAACGGCGGUUCUCUACGGAAUCGAGGACUUGCGAUUGGAACAACGACCGAUCCCGACACCGAAGGAUGAUGAGGUCCUGCUGGAGAUGGACAGCGUUGGGAUCUGUGGCUCGGACGUCCACUACCUGGUAAAUGGCCGCAUCGGGGACUUUGUGGUGCGCAAACCGAUGGUAAUUGGCCACGAGGCGUCCGGCAUCGUCGCCAAAGUGGGUUCCCGAGUGCACAACGUCCGUGUCGGCGACCGGGUUGCGAUCGAACCCGGGUACGGCUGCCGGGUUUGCGACUACUGCAAGGGUGGCCGCUACAACCUCUGCUCGGAGAUGAUCUUCUGCGCGACUCCGCCGUACGACGGCAAUCUGACCCGGUACUACACCCAUCCGGCCGACUUUUGCUACAAACUGCCCGACCACGUCACGAUGGAGGAAGGUGCCCUGCUGGAACCGCUGGCCGUGGGAGUUCACGCCUGCCGGAGGGCGUGCGUCGGCCUAGGCUCCGAAGUCCUCAUCCUCGGGGCCGGUCCGAUCGGGCUGGUCACGCUCAUCACCGCCCGCUCAAUGGGGGCCGGGCGCAUCAUAGUCACGGACCUGCUCCAGAACCGACUGGAUGUCGCCAAAGAACUGGGCGCGGACGGAACACUUGUAGUUGAACGUGGCGCCGACGAGCAGGACGUCGUCAAGAAGGUCCACGCCCUGUUUGGAGGUCACGCGCCGGACAAAACCAUCGACUGCAGCGGAGCGGAAGCCACCUCGAGGCUGUCCGUGCUGGCCACGCGUUCCGGCGGCUGUGCCGUACUGGUGGGCAUGGGACCGGCCGAGAUCAAGCUGCCGCUGGUGAACGCCCUCUCGCGCGAGGUCGACAUUCGGGGCGUUUUUCGCUACUGCAAUGACUAUCCGGGAGCGUUGAGUCUGGUGGCCAGCGGCAAGAUCAACGUGAAGCGUCUCAUUACGCACCACUUUAAUAUUGAAGAGACGGCGGAAGCGUUCAAUACGUCGCGGCAUGGGCUGGGUGGGGCCAUCAAGGUUAUGAUCCACGUGCAACCGAAGGACAAAAAUAAUCCCAAGUAAAGCGUUGUCCAAUGUUACUUCUAGAACUACUUAUUUCCUUCAAUAAAAAUAUUCAAUUCUCAAAUAAACUAUUUCCACCAAA